AUACAGUUGUGCAAGAAAUAGAUGCAUAUAGAGAAGUUAAUCAAACUCAUAUUCCUACAGAAAAAACACUUAAUGAUACACAGAUUGUUGAAACUAUAUUAGCAGAACAAUUGGAGUACGAGCAGAGUGAUCCAGAUGAUUCUGACAAAGAACUGCCAAAAAUCACUGCUGCUGAAGAAAUAAGUGGGUUGAAAAGUUUUAUAUUGUUUGCUAAACAACAAAUAUGUGACGAUUUCUUUUUAAAUAAUAAUGAUUUAAAA